GUCUGUGGAAAAGAGCGAGCGAAGCAGAGUAGUUUCCGUUAUCCAUUAUCUCUCUUUCUCCUUCCAAGGUCGUCUUCUCAAUUAUUCUCGCAAAUUAGGGUUUUUCGCGAACUUCUUCCCUUCAUUUCGAUUUCAACUCUUCAAUCAUGGUUACUGAUUCGAUUACCAAUGCUUCAGUUUCUUUGGCUCCGAACGCUGGAGAUUUGCCCUUGCCCAAGAAGAAGAGGGUUAGGUAUUCCAAAUUGAAGCAGUCCAAGCUUGAUGUUCGUCGGGAACAAUGGCUUUCUCGAGGUGCUGUAAAGAACAAAAAAUGGAACGAAGACAAUCGUCUUGAUUCAGUGGUCGUUAAAACGAGGAAAGAUGAUGAUCUUUCCUCUAAUAAAUUAAAUUCGAGGGAAAUAGGAGAACAGAACAACAGAUCGGUCCACCACCACAGCGAUUUUUCAGAGUCGCCGUCUAAUAGCCCCCCUAGUCUUGGGAGUAGUAUCCUGUGUGGUAAUGAUUCGGUUCCUCACUUUACUGGGAGUAGCAGUAGUAGUAGUUGCCGAAGCAGCUCUAGUGGUUGUCAGUCGGGGAGUAUAACGGAGGAGGAAGAAGGAGAUGAUGACUGCUUGGAUGAUUGGGAGGCUAUUGCCGAUGCCCUAGCCGCCACUGACAAGCAGCAUGAUCAAUGUUCAGAGUCUUCCCCUAGCGCUAAUGUUGUUUCUCAAUUGGAUUCUUGCGGAGACAGCAGAAAUGAGUUGGGCAUAGGAGAUGGUGACUCGAGUAUUGAACUAGGGAAAAUUGCGCAGAGGGCUUCGAUGAAUUGCAGAGCAUGGAGGCCUGAUGAUGCCUUUCGUCCUCAGAGUCUGCCUACGUUAUCAAAGCAGCUUAGUUUACCGAAUACAGACCAGCAUUUUGGAUAUGGAGGCAUCUCUUGGGCCUGUGGUGGUGUUAUGCCUGUGCCUUCAUCUUGUCCAAUUUGCUUUGAAGACUUGGACUUUACAGACUCGAGUUUCUUACCUUGUUUCUGUGGAUUUCGGCUUUGCCUUUUCUGUCAUAAAAGGAUUCUUGAAGAGGAUGGGCGCUGUCCUGGUUGCAGGAAGUCAUAUGAUCGUGACCAUGUUGACAAUGAAACAAAUGUAGAUUGUGGUAGCCCAACGUUCCUGUUGGCACGUUCUUAUAGCAUGAUUUCAAGGUCUUAGCUAGUGUCCAGUUUCUGUGAGUUUAUGUUCAUCUGGUCUCACCUUUUUUUUCCUUUUUGUUCGUACGUCUCUUGGGUAUUAUGGUGGUCUGCUCUGCUUUUCAUAGCAAUAGAUGUGGCAUUUGGGUGUUGAAGUAUGGUUAUGAGAUUGAGAACCUUUAAACUGAUUUGCUUCGUACAUGAGUGUGGUUCUUAUCUUAUGAUACAUUUGCCAAUGUAGAGGACUUAUUUCGUACUUGAUAUGUGAAUAGAUAAGGUGGUAUAGAAAUGAAUACAUGGAAUAAUGAUACAACAUUUAUAUUUGUCCG